UGCAUUUUUUUUGUUUCAUAUUUUCAUAGCAUGUAAAUACCCUGGUAUUGCUUAUUUGAACGCAGAGAUAUGACCUAGCUUUAUGAACUGCGUUUAUAAAACUUUCAUCUUUUCUUUUGAUGUGUUUAGUGUAUGGAUUCACCUGAAGAUGAAACUAAUCUUCAAUGUGAUUCUUGUCUUGAUUGCAACUCUUCAAAACGAAUUGUAGUUGAUGCUGAAGUUCAGUUAGAUUUGAAUAAUGACUGCAAAUCUGAUGCUGAAGAAAUUGAAAGUGCCUUUCAGAACAGUUUUACUAAUAUCAAUAUGAAGUUGCCGGUGGCUGUUCAAAGUUGUGUACCUGCAGGAUUACAGGUUUCAUCUGAACUUGUAGUUAUUACUAAUGCAGGUACAAGUUUUUUGAAUGAACAAAAACUUCCAAUAUCUACUUUUCACUCAAAUGAGGUCGGUGAACCGAUUAGUAAAAGACUCUGCAUAGAACAAGAUGGCCAGACAUACAUAUUGGCACUGCAAGAUGGAAUGGAUGGGCUUACUGGUGUUGUAGAAAUACCUCAAAAGCGUUUUCAAUCAGUAGAAGCUUCACAGAUUUUAAAUUAUCAAGAAUCUAAUGACUUGCAAAAUAAUCAAGGUAUCAACCAGAACUGGUUUACAAGUAGGGAAGAAAAAACAACCCUUCACAAUAAAGGUCAUAUGUGGAAGCAGGGUAUGUGGGCCAAAGAAGAAAUUGAAUUGUUAGAAAACAACAUUCGCUUAUAUUGUGAGGAACAUGAUGUAACUAAUCCUGCUACUAUUGUUUUUGACAUGUCUAAAGAUGAAAGAAAAGAUUUUUAUAGAACAGUUGCAAAAGGCUUAAACAGACCUUUAUUUUCUGUGUACAGGAGAGUAAUUAGAAUGUAUGAUAAUAAAAACCAUGUUGGAAAGUACACUUCUGAUGAAUUAGAAAAAUUAAAAAAACUGCGUUCUGUGUAUGGUAAUGAUUGGCAAACUAUCGGUGCAGCCAUGGGAAGAAGUGCUUCUUCAAUCAAAGAUCGAUGUAGAUUAAUGAAAGAUAAUUGUAAUCAAGGAAAAUGGCUUCCAGCCGAAGAGCGUCGGUUGGCUGAAGCAGUAUAUGAAUUAGCAAAUGCUUUACCUGGUGAAAUGAUAUCAACUGGUUUGUCUUGGGCAGUUGUUGCUGAAAGAGUUGGCACUCGUUCUGAGAAGCAGUGUCGCACAAAAUGGCUAAAUUAUUUGAAUUGGAAAGUGGCUGGUGGUACUGAAUGGACACGUGAAGAUGAUGUGACUUUAAUUUGCAGGGUAUAUGCACUGAAUGCUACUGAUGAAAAUCAAGUAGAUUGGGCUGAGUUAGCAAAAGGCUGGUUAAGUGUACGUUCACCUCAGUGGCUUAGAGGAAAAUGGUGGAACCUUAAAAGGCAUGUGCCAAACUGUAAUAUUAUUUCUUUUCAAGAAAUUUGUGAAUAUUUGUAUCAGCAGUUCUUCCUUAAAAUAAAAAUUAAAGAAGAAGGAUCCAAUUCUUCUCCAGACACUCUGCCAAACUCUUUAGAGUUGCAAUCCAUUUUGAACCGUCCAAAACAAACACUGUUGCAGUCUGUGGCUCUUCCUACAACGCAUACCCCUAGCAUUGUAGUUUCAGCUGCAGCACAAGCCUGUCCUCCUCCUGUAGUUUCAUUGACCAAUGCACAAUGUGUAGAUAUGGUUAAUUCAACUGCUGCUCUUUCUCAAGUGCCAGUUGGACCAGUCCUUCAAACACUUGAAGUACUUCCACAAAACAUUCAACUUGCAACAAAUCCACAGACUUUUCUUCUAACUACUCCUGCACAACAGCCUUUGCCUCUCACAACGACUCUUUCACCCAAUCAAAUAAUAAUCCAGACACUAGCACCGGAAGAUAUUCAAAGGAAUGAAAAUGUUACUGUCCAAAUGAAUGCUCCCCAUAUCAUCAUCAAUGCAUCCAAUAGUACUGCUUUGACAUCCUUAGCUUCCACUCAAAUACCAUCAGCCCCACCAUCACCUUCAAGUGUGGAAGCAGAUACAUUAGAAGAUGCAAAUACAUCUCUAAUAGUUAAACCUUAUGGGAAUGAAGCUAUUGAUGAAAAUGGUAAUACAAGCCAAGAUGGUGACAUAGAAGAGAACCCGGUUGAAUCUAAUCACCUAAUUUUGUCAGAUCCAAUGAUGGCAGCCAACCGAAGCCCAGAAGCAGCUAUCUCAGAUGUGGAGACAGAAAAAAUUCCUGCGUCGGAAGACAAUCUAGAUCAUACAUAACAUUUAUUUGGCAUAUUCCCUGUAGUUAAAUGCAUAACUUGAUCGUACAAGUUUCAAAUAAACUUGAAACUGAAAUUUAUUUCUUAUGAAAUAAUUUAUAAAACAUUGUAUUUACAAUACAUAAUUUAUCUAAAAUACUUGAAUAAAAAAUGAUAUACAAAUUGAA